CCGAUACUCCAAUGCGAAUGCCUAUUGUGCGUGAUAAGACUUGCUCAGCAAAAUCGACAGGUCCUUCCGGACCGCAAAUGCUAACGGAGGCGAAUAUGACGCUGCCUCGUUGACUGUACCACUUGCGCGAGUCUCAGCUCACGCUGCUUGUCGGUUGCUGCGUAGGAGCCGAGAGCGUGUCCUGUGCGAUUGGAUCUUGGACUUUGAAUCUCUGUUUCCGAAUCACAGCUAGUAGAUCACCACUAUUCCACUGCUUAAGUUAAUCCGUCGCAAUGUGGAACCCAUAUGAUGCGUAUCUCAAUCAGUCGUACAAUGAUCCGAAGCCCGAUCAUUAUGCUUCAUCAGCGGCUAAUGCGGGUAUGCCACAACCCACUCGGCCGGACCUAGGACACCCAGAUCCAGCGCCAGCACUAGCGCCUUAUCCCAAUCCCCCCUACACAGGUUACGCUGCCCAUUACCCUCCUCCUCCUCCCGAACCUGAUGCAUACUCUCCACACCCUUCUCUAUCAAGUCCUCCCUCGGUUCACUAUCAUGAACCGCUUCCUUCACAUCAGCACUAUCCACCAGCUGCCAACAACUCGUGGCAAACCCCCAGCUAUCCUCCUCAGAAGAAAGAUAAGCCGAAGCGAGAGGAGGAGCGACAUUCAUAUUCUGCUACGCCCAAGCGAGAUGAUAAGAAUAGUUCCAGUUCUGAAGAGGAUCGGCGAAUGAUUACACAACUGAAGAAAAUGAACGCAGAGCUCAAUUCGGAACUGAAUUCAGUACGUGAGUCGAGGAAGAAAACGAUCGCUGAAAAAGAUGCCAUAGUUGAAAACCUACGAAAAGAGAUCGAUGCCUCCAGGAAUCAAGCAGCUAUUGACCGAAGGGAAGCUCUUGCAGCCGUUAAAAAAGAGAUGGAGCAGAGGUUAUCCUUGAAAGAUCAAGAAUACCUGCAGCUUCAGAACCGAGUUAAGAGAGAUUCUGAAUCUAUUGAACAGAGGUUGUCUCUGAAGGAGCAGGAGCAUCAAGACCUUCUUGCUCGAGUUCGGAGAGAUGCUGAAUCGCUUCAGAGACUAUCUUUGAAGGAGAAAGAGAAUCAAGAGCUCCUUGCCCGAGCUCGGAGGGAUGCUGAAGCCCUUCAGAGGCUAUCUUUGAAGGAGCAAGAGAACCAAGAACUCGUUGCUCGACUUCGGAAAGAUGAGGAAUCCACUCGAAAGAGGUUGGAUGCUGUGCUGCAAGAGAACCAGGAACUCCUUGCUCGAGCUCGGAGAGAUGCUGAAUCGGCGCAGAGGCUAGAUUUGAAGGAUCAAGAGUACAAAGAUCUUCUUGCCCGAGCACUGAGGGAUGCUGAAUCUCUUCAGAGGCUAUCUUUGAAGGAGCAAGAGAAUCAAGAGCUUCUUGCACGAGCUCGGAGAGAUGCAGAAUCCACUCAAAAGAGGUUGGAUGCUGUUAAGCAAGAGAAUGUAGAACUCCUUGCUCGAUCUCGGAAAGAUAUGGAAGCCAUUCAGCAGAGGCUGUCACUUAAAGAGGAAGAGAAUUUGAAUCUCCUUACUCAAACCGAAAAAGAUGCUGAAGCCGUUUCACUGCUCAAACGUGAUUUGGCACAAAAGCUGUCAGUAGCAGAGCAGGAAAAAGUCGAGCUACUCGACAGGAUUGCCAAACUUAAAUCAGGAAAUGAGGGUGAACGUGCAAGUUUACUAGAAACCAAUGCUGCCCAGGAGGCUAAGCUGGUGCAUUUGAAGGAGGAGGCCAAACUGGUCAAACAGCUGCGGGUAGACGCUGAACUGCACAAUGAAGAGCGCACGAAACUGAAAAACGAAAUAGUGAAGCAAGACACAGAGUUAAAGAAAUUGAGGGACGAGAUAAUCAAGCUGGUGGAUCAGAUGAAGCAGGCGGUUCGAGAGCGAGAUAACUCCAUCUUGACUGUCAGGCAACUUGAAGACGAGAAGCGUGACCUUGAGUUCAACUUGAAGGAGUUUAAGGGCAACAAUGUUGGUAUUGUGGCCAACAGUUUGGAAAAGAUCAAUAACCUCAAUCAGGAAAAGAAAAGGUUAAUGAAACGGAUCUCUGAAUUAGAACGGGAGCUUCAAGAAAGUCAAGACUUGUGUGAACAAAGACGGCUGACGAUAAAGGAUUAUGAAGAAGAAGCACUUCCUACCUUGAAUAAUCAAAUCAAUUGGAUGGUAGAAUUGGAUGAUAAAGCUAAGGACAGGGAAGCAGCUUUGAGGGAGAAGAUUGAAGAGUUGGAUGAUGAGCUCCAGAAGCGCAUACGCGGUCUUGAGAGCUUGAAGCAUCAGCUUCGUGAAGCCGAAGAUCGUGAGAAAGAUAACAGCUUUCGAAUGGCUGGAGAUAUUCGACUAGCUGCAGAGGAGUCGGAAAAAUUAAGGUUUGAGCUGGAUCAUCUGAAAGCUGAUAUUGAGUCGGAGAGAAAGAACUUAGGUCAGAAAAUAGACCAGGUGGAAAGCGAGAAGAGGGAGUGUUUGGAUCGCAUUUUUGCGUUAGAGGCAUCACUUCGUGAUAUCAAGGAUGAAUAUGAACUCCAACAAGAAACUCUGGAAGCAGAGGUUUCUGAUGGUCUCGCUCACAGAGAGAAGAUCGAGCAGCUGGAACAGCGUUUGAGGGAGUCUGAAGCAAAGAUGCUCGAAAUGGAAGACAGGAUGAAGGAUUUGAAUGGGGACAUAGAGAAGUACAAGACAAAUAUUACACAGUCGGAAGAGCAAGUUUCAUCUCUACUGUAUGUUAAGGGUACUCUUGAAGCCCAAAUUGUGGAUUUCGAGUCUAAGAAGUCUGAAACAGAACUAUUGGUCAAGACAUUAAACGAGGAAGUAGAGAAGCACAAGACGGAGACCGAGACGUACAAGCCGAAUAUUGAAAAGCUGGAAGAGCAAAUCUUAGCAUUAACGUCUGUCAAGAGUGCCCUUGAAGCCCAGGUUGCAGAGUCGAAAGCCAAGGAGACUGAAUUGCAAGAAAUUCUGAAGGUAACUAGUGAGGAGAUUGAGAAUCACAAGUUGGAGAUUGAGACACUCACAUUGAGUAAGAAAAAGCUGGAGGAGCAAGUUGCGGCGUUAACGUCUAUGAAAAGUGCCCUUGAAGUCGUGGUUCGUGAUGCUGAGGCGAAUGAGAAUGAUAUGGAGCGGAAAAUGCAUGCUGCAGAAGCCGAGCUGCAGGCGUUGAAGGAGGAUAUUAAGGAAAACGGUGAGGAUGUGGAGACCUCACUCAGGUCGAAUAUUGAGAAGCUGGAACAGCAAGUUGCGGCGUUAACGUCUUUCAAAAGUUCCCUUGAAGACACGGUUCGUGAUGCUGAGGCGAAUGAGAAUGAUUUGAAGCAGAAAAUUCAUGCUGCAGAAGCGGAGCUGCAGGCUUUGAAGGAGGACAGUAAGAAGAACGGAGAGAAUAUUGAGACCACACUCAGGUCGAGUAUUGAGAUGCUGGAAGGAGAAGUUGCCACGCUAAAAUCUGCCAAAAGUAUUCUUGAAGAUCAGCUGGCGCAGUCUGAGGCAGAGAGGACCAAAGCUGAAUGUGAGCUGCAGGCUUUAAAGGAGGACAAGGAUAAGCUCGACCAGGAAAUGCAGAUAGCUUCUAGAGGGGACGUAGAGUUGGGUGUGCAAAACACUGAGCUGGAGGGAAAAUUGAUAGAACCUGAGAAACAGAACUCGCAUAUGUCAGAGGAAAUGGCAGUAAUGGAAGAGCAUGUGAAGAGCUUAACUUUGGAGAGGGAUGCCUUAAUCACUUCGAUUGCUACUUUAGAAGAUGCUCUCAAAGACAAUGACAUUGAGUUGAUGAAUAAAAGGAGACUCGAAAGGGAGGUCAAGGGACUACGAAGUGAUCUGAGCAAGGAAAUUGCCAAGAGAGAGCAACUGGAUGAGGAUAUUCUUCAGUUACAAGAGGAUAUUGUUUCUCUCAAAAAUCAGCUGCGUGUUGCGGCUGACAGGGUUGAAGAGCUUGAACAUGAGCGUAAUGACUGGGAGAAGAGGACUGAGGAUUCUCUGAAUGACAUGAAGGCCGUGGAUCAACGGAUCAAGGCACUGGAAGAACAACGCAAUGAAGCAGAGGAGAGAAUGGCAGCAUAUUUGAGUGACAAGCAGGCUGCAACGGCUAGAGCAAGUGAAUUGGGCAUAGAGCUUUUGGAAAAGGAGACCGAGUUUAAAGAGUACAUGAAUACGAAAGAGAAAGAGAUUUUAGAGUUGAAUGAUCAAUUUAUGCAAGUGAAUAUUAAGUACUGUGGCAUUGUAGCUGAAAAUGACGAUCUUCAACAGCAGAUCAGAAGUCUCCGGAAGUAGCUUCUUAACACACACAUAUAUAUAUAUAUAUAUAUAUAUAUAUUCAUUUCCAACCCAUUUUGGAAGCUGGGCUUUUCAUAUCAGAGAAGUAUUAAAUUUCCAUCUGGUUCUCUCGCGUAUGAUAAGUUGGGUGUCAAUAACAAGACUGUUAGCUCUUUGUGUUAGGUUUAGAGUUUGGCAUACUUAAGGUUCAAAUCUUUGUAUUGUGCUUUUACCUGGUAUUGUUCUCAUUGUAGUUUCCAGAGUUUAUGGUUCAUUUUAGUAUUCGGAAUUUAGAAAUUUAGCAUUGCCAUCAGUAAUGGCAUCUUAAGCAUAUGAUAAAUGAAUCCUAAGAAGCGACAUUAGUUUAGAAAUCAUUUCACAUCUUAGAAACUUAUCAUCUUGUAAACUGGUGCUCUACUGUAUCAUGUGACCUGCUCUGAAUUGAUAACUUUUUUCCAUCAUUA